AUGAGAAAUUUUAUAUUUCAAGUAAAAGACUUUUACAUUCAACAAUUUCUCACUAUUAAAGGAAUAUGGAGAAAGUCUCUUGAACUGUCAAUAAUGUUUUUGAUUGUCGAAAACAUCUAAUUGUUAUCUUUAAUUACUCAAUCAAUAACUAUCAUUAAUAAUGCUGAGUAUUUAGACUUCAUCCAUUAGAUUUUGAAUAUAUUUCGGUUUUAAUGUUUUAUAUUCUUAGAUUAUAUAGCAUCUUUGGAGAAUAAAUAGAGAUGCACAUUUUAUACAUGUUAAUUGGAUUUACAUUGACCUUUUUAACCUUUAUCUUUUUAUUGAUAUUGAUCUUAAACACUUCGGUUAGAACAAAUAAAAAUGGAUAAAUAAUUGAGAUGACACUUGAAAUUGUAUUAAUUUAUUAAUUUUAAUUAGAAUAGAUAGAAAUAAAUAGAGUAAAAUAUUUUAAUAAAAUAAUUUAUCUCAGUUUACAUGCAAAUUUAUUAUAUGCUAAUGAGGAUUCCUUUAUUGUAUUCCCAUUUACACAUUCUAAAUUAUUAUCAAUUGUCAAGUAUUAAAUAUUUAUAUUAGAUUCACCUAACUAGUUCUUGCUAUUUAGUGCUAGUAUUAGUAUAUUUUCAAUAGCUCUUUAAUUGAUUUUUAGUUUAAUAAUUGAUUUACAUUGUUUUGAAUUUAAAAUGAAAAAGCAAGAUUUUUUAGGAAGAUUUAAUUAAUAAAAAGUUCAUUUAAUAUUUGCAUUUUAAACAACAAUAGUCAUAUUAAUAGGAUUAGAAAUAAAUUCUAUAAUAAUUCAAGUCUUUUAUAUGAUAUAUUUAUUUAUGAACAUUAUAAUGAGUUACAAUCAACUUAUUUAUGUAGAGGUUCAAAUAUCUAGAUUAUAAUUUCAUAUAUCAAACUAUUUGUUUAUAUACUAAAUAACAUUAUUAGUAGUACAACUUAGUGAUGUAUUUAAAAGUUUAAAUGUUUUGGGAUUUUUAAUGUUUUUUUAUCCUUUUAUUGCUUAUAUUCUUAAAAUUAUAACUGAAAGAUAAAAGAUAUCAUAAUUAAAAUCUACAGGAAAUUCAUUAGAAAAACAAAUUAGAUUUAUAUAUCAUUUAUUUAAAAAAUAAAUUAGACUAAAAAAAGAAUAAAGAUCAUUAGAUCCAAUGGAAUCAUUAUUUAUGUACUCAUUUACUACAAAUCAUUUGAGAUAUUGUUCAUUAAAUAGAGAAAGAAAAUUAUAAAAAUAGAUAAAAAUGAAAUUCAAGUGUUUUUGUGAAGAAUUUUCAGAAAAAGAAAACUUUUAAUUUAAUUCAAUAACUUAAAUGAAAAUAUUUGCUAAAGAAUUAAUAUCAUAAACUUUAGAAGAUGAAAUUAUAGAAACUUCAAAUACAUAUUUAGCAUUGAUUUAUAUAUACUUUUUAGUAUAAGUCAAGAAAUUACCAACUUAAGCAAUAUAUGAAGUUAUUAGAUUAUCAAUAUAAACAUAAGUAUAUAUUUGUUAUUAAUAAAGGGAAUGGCAUUAAAGGAAUAAGCAAUUAUAUAUAAAUUAAAAUAUGAUGCAUUAGAAGAAUUUGAUCAAUUAGUUAAAAAGAAUGAUUUAAAAAAUUAAAAAUAUAUAUUUAAAAGAGUCUAUCAAUAUGAAGAAUCUCUAUCAAUAAUUAAAUAGAAUAUGUGUUUAAUUAUAAAAUAAUUUAAGGUAAUUAAAAAUUGUAAAUAAUUUUUAGGAAUGGUAUGGAUUGAUUUUAACAUCUAUUAUAGAUAUUGAUUAGUUGGUAACAAUUGGAUUUUAGAUUUUGAGUAAUAUUAAAACUGUUGAAUCUCAAUUAUAGGAAGCAUUUACUAUAAAUCCAUUAUCUAAUGAAUGUGACACCAUUUAUAAUCUAUUCUCUAAAUAUAUAUAAUAUAAUAAGAGCAGACCUAAAUUAUAUCGUUUAGAAGGAAAAUUGGUUACAUUAUUUAUGUAAUCUAUUGAAAAAACAAUAUUUGAUCCUGGUAGUUGUGUGAUUUAAAUCACUUUAUUAUAACCUAGAGGAAAUGUACUAAGAUACACAAGAUCUUUUUAGUAAGCAAUUGGUUUUAAGGAUGAAGAGAUUAAAGAUUAGAAUAUUCAUAGAUUCAUGCCUUAAAUAAUUGCAGAUGAUCAUGAUAUGUAUUUAGAUAAUUUUGUAGAGAGAGGAAGAAUUAUAGUGGUAAGAUCAGAAGUUAGAGUUAUAUUGGGUAAAAAUAAAGGAUAAUUUCUUGUACCAAUUAAUACUAGAUUGAGAAUUGAAACAAGUCCAACUGAAUUUGGUGCAACUGCUCUAAUUACACCUGUAAAUUUGACAUUUGGAUAUAUGAUUUUAAAUGAGAAAGGACAAAUUGAAGAAAUAACUUAAAAUAUUUUUGAAGAAAUGUUUUAAAAAUAUUUAGGAAUAUAAAUAUAAUAAAUAAGAGGAUUGGAUUGUUUAUUUUUUAUACCUGAAUUAGCUAAAAUUUGGGAAGAUAUUUAUGAUUAAAAUUUUGAUAAAUUAGAUAAAAAAUUUGAAUGUUAAUUCAUAAUUCCAUUAAUUAAUAAUAAUAAAAAUAUGUCAUAAUCAUAAAUAUCUAAAAAUUUAUCUAAAUUAUAUUUUUAGAAAUAAAUUUAUAAGAAUUUUGAAAGUUAACCUACUGAAAAUGUUAUUUUUCUUGUUUAAUUACAUGUUAUCAGUUUAGUUACUAUAAAUUUAAGGUAUUAAUAAAAUUUAUUAAUUAUUUAGAUUAGUAAUUUUAGAAUUAUAAGAUUAUAGAUUGAUGGCAAAUUAAAAGAUAUCAAGUAAAUAAAUAAUUUAGUUAAGGGUGAGGACUUCUAAAUAAUUUCAUAUUUAAUAAUUUCAAAAUUAGACAAGUUUUAGAGAAUAAUCAAGUUUAUUAAAUUCACCUUGGGUAAUAGAUUGUGAUUUAGAUAAUAAUUUAUUAUAAGAAGAGGAAAGAAUGAUUGAUGAAGUCAAAAAUUAAUUAGCUACAGUUAAUAUUUCUAAUACAAUUCAUUAAUAAUAAAUGCAAUUAAUUUAAUAUGUUUAAGAUGAAAUUGAAAGUCUUUAAUAAAAACCUCCUUAAGAAGAAUAACCUUCAAUUAAGAUUGAUGAAAAAAAGAAGAAUUAAAUGAAUAAAAUGGAUAAUUAAAAUAAUAUGUCAAUAGGUAGUAGAUCUUCAUAAAAUAAUUAAUCAUAACUCAAAAGAUAAAUGAAAGAUUGUUUAAAUGAUAAUCCUACAAUAAAUAAAAAAUAAGCAAUAGUUUUACUUAUAUGUUAUUUAUUGAUAAUUGGAUCAUAUAUUAUUAAUUGCUUACUUUUCUCUUCAAAUUAUUAGAAGAUAUAAUAAAAUUAAUCUAGUUAGAAUUUACCAUAUUAAUUAUCUUAUUUUUAUAAUGAAUUUGUAAUUUCUUCCUUUUAUUUGUAAUAUAAUUUAUUAUUCCCAUUUUCAGAUUUGCAAUAAAUUAGUUUAGAUUUUUAUUAGAAUGAAAUUAAAAAUAUAGAUGAAGUUUUGAAAAAUAUUCCAGAAAUAGAAGUAAAUGUAGAUAAUUCAUUAAAACGACAAUCAAUUCAUAUUAUUUAGUAAAUGAUAAAUCAAAAAAAUAAUUAAUUUUUUAAUUAUAAUACUUUCUUAAAUAAUACAAAAUACUUUGAAAGUAUGAUUCAUACUUUAUAUGAAACAGAUACAACUAGAAAUAUUACAAAUAUAUAAUAUAUGUAAAUAAUUUAUAAUAUUUAUGACUAUCAUUUUUAGAGUUAUAGCUGAAGAAAUAGGUCUAGUUUUAUUUAUCUGUUGGUAUGCAUACAAGUGUAUUAAACUUAUAAAGAUGAAAUAGAAAGUAUUCAAAUUGUUUUGUACAUUUACUACAGAUGUUAUAUAAGAACAAUAUGUAACUUUUUCUUCAUUAUAUUCACUUAUGAACAAUACUAAAUUCAAAAAAGAAGAAAUAAAUGAAGAGAAAUUUGAAAUGAUUAUAGGAUAAGCUUUUCAUAAAUAAUCAAGUGAUUCUAUUUUAGAAAAAUACUAAAAAGUAGGAAAAAGAAUAAAAUAAAAAAGUAAUUAAAUAGAAUAUAUUUUUAUAGGUAAUAAUUCAACACAAAUAAUCUUUUUCUUAUUUGUUUUGAUAUUGAUGAUAGUAUGUUCCAUUUAUUUUAUUGGAAGUAAUUUAAUGCAUUAAGCUACUAUUGAUAAAAUUCUUAUCUAAUUUAAUGAUAAGAUAUUAUUUUAAUAAGCUUAUUAUGAGAUUACUUUAGCAUUUGCUUAAUCCUAAGUUUUCAUUUAAACUUAAAUCACUAGUGAAAUCUUAACAAUCUAAAAUAAAACUGUUAGUGAAUUGAAUGAUUUAAGAAAGAAAUUAUCAUUAUAUUAAUAAGAUUAAAUCAUUUAUAACAUAGUGACAAAAUCAGCUUGCAAUAUUUUCAAUGAUUCAUUGUAAAUAACAAAUUUAUUAUUAUUAUUAGAACAAGUUAUUAGGAAUAUGAUGAAUUAUUUUCAUAUGACUAAUGUAUGAGUUAUCCCAUUUUAAAGGGAGGAUUAAGUGUAAUUUUUGCAGAUUUAUGUGAUUAACAAUUAAGAUUUUUGUAAGAUUUAGAAAAUAAUGCUACUUAAGAAUAUCUUUAAUUGAAUUAUUAUUCUGUUACAUCAUAAAUUGAAAGACUUUAUGAUUCAAUGGGAUUUUUUGUUAUUGUUUCAACUUUAACUAAUCAGAUAUAGAAAUCAGUAGAAGACAAUAUAAACAUAGAUAUAAUUUUGGUAAUGUUUUCUGCUUUAUUGAUGACAAUUUCAAUGAUAACAAUGGUUAUUUCAAUGAGAAAUAUUCGAUUCAAUUAUUAAACAAGCAAAUAAUUGUUAACACUAGUUCCUUUAGAAAGAUUACUCGAAAAUGCUUAUAUUUUAAGCUUUAUUUAAUAAGAUAUUAAAAUUCAAAAUUGA